CCAUUGCACUCCUGCCUGGGCAACAAGAGCAAAACUCUGUUUCAAAAAUAAAUAAAUAAAAUAAAAAGAGAUAUCCAUGGUAUCUCUAUAGGGAAAAUGAUAACUUCUUAGAAGACACUAAAGGAGUGCUAAAUGGAUAGAUAUUCCCUAUUUAUAAAUUUGAAGACUCAUUAUUGUAAAGCUGUAAGUCCCCCUGAAAUGAUCUAUAGUUUAAUACAACCCUAGAAAAAUCCCCAAGGUUUUUUUCCCCCAAAUAUGACAAGCUGAUUAUAAUACAUGUACAGAUGGUCCCUGAUUUUGAUGAUUCAACAUAGGGUUUUUCCACUUUGCAACGUUUUCUUUGGGCCGUAACCCCAUGGUAAACCGAGGAGCACCUGUACAUGGAAGUGCCAACAGCCAAAAAUCACUGAGACUCUCUUGGAAAAAGAAAGAAGCUGGGAAGACAUGCUUUAGCAGACAGCAAGACUUGCCUGACGCCAGGAAUGAGACAGGGUGAUUCUGGCACUGCACAGGUUGGCACGUGGACUGCUGGACCAUAGAAUCCAUGGCAGCCACAUGCUGUGUAGACACAUCCUUGCCUUAGGAAGAGAAAGUGCUGCAGGGGGCAGGGAGAGAGUUCUAGGCAAUGUUUAGAGUGGGGUCGGGGUCGUGUGGUUCCUGGAGGUGACACAUGGCGUGUCCUCGUGCUAGGUGGCAGUGGGUCACAUGACCCCUGGAGGUGACACACAGGGUGUGUCCUUGCUAGGUGGCAGUGGGUCACAUGACCCCUGGAGGUGGGUGGCCGUCUGGGAGGCAGCGAGUCUGGCCCUGGCUCUGCCACUUGCUCUGUGCGUGAGCUUUCCAAGACACUUUCCUCUUGCAGCCUCCGUUUUCUUGCCUGUGCAAUGAGUGAAUGGAACUGGACAGCUCGAGAGCCUUUCCAGCUCUGAGGCUUAUGGAUCCUGGGUUGAAAGUCGUGGCCAUUGUCUGUCCACACAAAACCAAAGCCUUAGGCAAGCUGCACUGUUGACAAUCUUUGAAUGUCUCUUCGUUCCAUCUUUCUCAAGGUGUCCGCAGAGCAGAGCACAGAGGGCCACCCGGGGAGUGGCAGUGUCUCUGAGGCUGCAAGGAACACGUAUUGCCUUCAGUGCCUUCGAGGACAGGCAGUGUGCCAGGAGCCCUGCAGGCGUCAACAAGGACCACACAGCUGUUUCUGCACACCGGCCGCGGGCGGUGAUAAUAAAGUCGCUGGCUGGCCACCGGGAGGGCAGCGUCCCACACCUGGCCGUGGGCAGCUGGCCUGCCUUUCCUGGACCCUGUCAACUGCAGACCUGCACACCUCCUUCCGAGGCAGCAUCUCCAGCCUGACCGAGGCUUCACGCCCUGCCCUGGGCUCCAGGACUCCCUCCUGCAAAGAGCUCCAGGCAGUAGUGGCAAGAAGCCCGAGAGGCCGGCAGCCAUCUCCUACGACCACGCGGAAGAGGGGCUGAUGGCGAGCAUCGAGCGGGAGUACUGCCGCUGAGGACAGCAUGCCCCGCCAGGCUUCGGAGGCACCUGCUGGCUGGGGCACCCCCUCCUCGCCCAGAGCUCUAGCAGGAGCUGAACCACCUCCAAAACGCAGCCACUCCCGGAUAUUCAAAGCUGACCUUGCAAAUCCACUUUCCGACCGUGCUGACCUGGGCCAGCCACUGGUGGUCAUGGUUGCUGGUGGGGGCGAUUAGCUGUGCAGACCCACAGGUGCGUGGGCCCGGGCCGCCGGCGCCUCCUCCCCAACACGGGGAGCCUGCCCGGUUCUCCUGGAGCCUGAAAUGCGUGCGCAUCUUGGCUGCCCGCUCUCCACAGUGGGGAGGGCUCACCAGGCUUGGGUGACACAAGCGAGCCCCUCCUGGCAUCCGCGCCACAGCACUUCCGGAAGGUUCCGCUCUGGAAGGUACACCCGCGCUGCUCCCUCAGUCUCAGGCCCAUCUCUCCAGGGGUGGCCGGAUCAAUUUAGAGCUUCUCAACUUUAACUCCCUAAUGAGCAGGCUGGGGGUGCUGUUGACAUGCAGGGCCUGAGGUUCCCUACGUCUAACCAGCUCCCAGCCGAGGCCCAAGCUCCGAAGCCCCAACUGCACUUUGAGGAACGAGAAUCCCAGCUUUGAUCUGCCUUGCAGUGGGAGGUAGAGCGCGUCACUGCCUCUCUGGGCCUCAGUUUCCCUCUCUGGAAAAUCAGCUCUGGCAGCUCUUGGAGGCCCUUCCCAGCUCUGACAAUCUGGAACUGCACAAGCCCAGGCUACCACUACUGUUCCCCCACCCUAGGCACAGCACCGCCUUCCCUGCGGGCAGCCAACGCCCAGGUCCCACGGGGAGAGGGUCUGCCUGACACUGGCUUUCCAGUUCUCCCUCUCACAGGCAGCCUGGCCAGUGCCUACGGGGCUUUUAAAUUCUCUUCCCGCCUAGGUGGAAGGUGGGAAACCACAGCAGUAAGGCAGGAAGAGCCUUGGAAUGUUCCUGGUUGACAGAUGGGAAAACUGUCCUGCCCGGGACGCCCUGGGAACAGGGGGCGGAGCUCCGGCGAGAGGGGACUCCUGUGUGGGCGGGCAGGUCUGGAGUCUGGGCCCAGGUGCGGCCUGCUGGGGGACAGCUCCGGGGGAGAACUGCGGGGAGAACAGCGGUCUAGGGAGGCAGGAGGCAGGCGGCAGGCUCCUCCCCAGCAGCCUGGAGGGCAUCAGGACAGAGGGGGAAGGAGGAAACAGCGUGGCUUCCGCUGAAACCAGUACAAGCCUGGUUAUCUGGCUUGACCCGCCAACACGGAGGCCCCCGCCACCGUUUUCUUUUUCCCCCUGAGAAGAGCUCCGCUCCCACGUCCUUAGAACACGGCAGAGCAGGAGCAUCUCAGGAAUCAACGCCAGCUCCUUGGCGCUGUCCCCAGACCCACAGGCCUGCUGCGGCCAUUCGCAAACGGGCAUUUCCUUGAACUUUUGAGAGUGCCUUUGACCAGCUGUUCGCAGCUGGGAAACUCCAAGUUUCGAAGUCGGAGCUUGGAGCGGCCCCGCAAGGGCAUGGCUCAAACCCUCCGCAGAGCUGGGAGCCAUUGCUCGUGCAAGCCCAACCGAUUCUUUUGAUAUAAAGAUGGAAGUCUUUAUAUCAAAUACAUCUUUUAAAAUAAGUUAACAUUUUAUUUCUUACCACCAGAUGGAUAAGGCUUUGAAUUUAAUCAUGUAAAUGUUUAUAAUUUUAUGUGAUUUUGUUAAAAUGGGACGCUUUCAAUUGGUUUCCAAGAAAAAGAUAAUACCUCUGCAUUUUCUGGUGGAAAACGCAUGAUACCCUUAAUGAGAUCAACGUGUUACAGGAAAAAAAUUCCAAAAGUAGUUACAAGCUACAUCAAUGUCAAAGUAAAUGCACUUCAAAGCUAAGAAGUCACAGGAAUUGUUCUCAGGUCUUUAAAAAAAUUUUUCCUGAAUUCAGGAAGUGUCUUCUGAACAGCAGCUAGCCAAAUAAAGUGGUGUGUGUGUACUGCAGCUGCAGGUGAACUUAAAAAUAAUAAUAAUAAUAAAAAGAACAAAUAAAGCAGUGUGUACCAGCCGCUGA